GGCACACGCACCAUGGGGCGCCUGGAGCUGGCUGUCUUAGGCCUCGCCUGCUGCUUGGCAGUAGUGAGCGCAGCAAAGGUAAGCGAGAGCCCAGCGGGCGAGGAGGGGCCCCUGUCUGCUCCCCUAACCCGGCCUGGGAACUGGGUCAGGCACCUCAGGUGGGAGGUAGGGAGGGUAGAGGGUGAAGGGGGGCAGGCAGGUGAGGCGCUGGCAGGAGGAGCCCCCGAGAGCCCACACCCAGCAGGCACUUUCCUGGCCCUUCCUCUGCUCCUGCAUCCACACGCACACGAUGGCCCAGGGGCAGCUCAAAUACAGGACGCCCGCGAACUUGAACGUCAGAAACCACGAAUAAGUUCUGGUACAGGCGCUCUCAGGGCACACAGGGUGACUGACGCCAAACACAAACAAAACCCCAGGGUCACUGGCAUCCUCAGUGCUGAUUUGCGGAGUCCACCUUGGCCACCAGGGCCCUCAGGGUGUUCCUCUGUCCGGGGAUGGCCAUGGCCCCGCACAGAAGGGAGCUGGGCCCAGAGGAGGCCAGCAGGUUGCCCAUCACAGCCCCCAGCGUCAGAACAGGGAAAUUCCCUGAAACAAGCACCCAGAGGGGAUGGGGAGGGACAGUUGGGGUUAUCCGGUCUGCUUCCUGUCUCAGUUUCCCAGAACCUGCCUGUCAUGAUCUGGAUCUACGGAGGAGCCUUUGUCAUUGGUUCCGGCCAAGGGUUAAACUUCCUCAGUGACUACAUGUACGACGGGGAGGAGAUCGCCACGCGGGGCAACGUCAUUGUGGUCACCUUCAGCUACCGCGUUGGGCCGCUGGGCUACCUCAGCACUGGGGAUGCAAACCUGCCAGGUAACUACGGUCUUUGGGACCAGCACAUGGCCAUCGCGUGGGUGAAGAGGAACAUUGCGGCCUUCGGGGGGGACCCCGACAACAUCACCAUCUUUGGGGAAUCAGCUGGAGGUGCCAGCGUCUCUCUGCAGGUCUGGGGACCACGGGAGGGCGAGCCUUCCUCCCAGGUUAUUGGGGGGAGCUGGGGGGAAAGCUGGGCAGCCCAGGCCUUAGAACUAUCCAGGCUACAUGUCAGGGGACAGGCUGAGGACCCUGGUCUGGAUCAUAGGAGGAAGGGGCUCCCCCUGGUCCUGGGGUCUGGCAGUGGGGCUCUGAAAGGUGUGAGGACCCCUGCUCUACAAGCAGACCCACUCCUGUACUAUUUGGGCCUCAUGCCUGUCGUGGACGGAGACUUCAUCCCCGACGACCCCAUCAACCUUUUUGCCAACGCGGCUGACAUCGACUACAUCGCUGGCACCAACGACAUGGAUGGCCACAUCUUUGCCAGCAUUGACUUGCCAGCCAUCAACGUGGCCUUGCUGACCGUCACAGGGGAGGACUUCUUCAAGCUGGUCAGUGGCUUCACCAUUGCUAAGGGGCCCAGAGGUGCCAAUGCCACCUUUGACUUCUACACGGCCCCCUGGGCCCAGGACUCCUCCAAGGAGGCCAAGAAGAAGACAGUGGUGGAGUUUGAGACAGACGUCCUCUUCCUGAUGCCCACGAAGAUGGCCGUGGCCCAGCACAAAGCCAACGCCAAGAGUGCCCGGACCUACACCUACCUGUUCUCCCACCCCUCUCGCAUGCCGGUCUACCCCAAAUGGGUGGGCGCCGACCACGCUGAUGACCUCCAGUACGUGUUUGGGAAGCCCUUCGCCACCCCCCUUGGCUACCGGGCCCAAGACAGGACUGUCUCCCAGACCAUGAUCGCCUACUGGACCAACUUUGCCAGAACUGGGGACCCCAACCAGGGCCACUCGGCUGUGCCCACCCAAUGGGAGCCUUACACCCAGGAAAACGGCAACUACCUGGAGAUUAACAACAAGAUGGACGGCCAGUCCAUGAAGCAGCACCUGAGGAGCAGCUACCUGCAGUACUGGACCCAGACCUACCAGGCACUGCCCACCGUGAACGGAGACGUGGCUGGUCCUGUGCCCGCCUUGGACGACUCUGAGGCCAUCCCCUGAGCCCCCCCUUGGUGAC